AUGGCUGUCUUUGGAGCUUUGGUUUAUUAUCAUGUGGAGUUAUUGAUGUGCAAGAAUGUGAUUGUGAUUGCAAAAGACAAGGAAGUCAUGUGUAGGUACGAGCCUCUGUCGGCUUCAUGCAUCGAUACUACAAUAUCUGGCCUCUCCUCAUUGUCUUUGCCUAUUAGACAAGGUAAAGGCGUCACCGGCACUCUCCCUCCCGAUCUCGGUAAACUCUCCGAGCUCAUCGUCCUCGAGUUUUUUUCCAACAAAAUCUCUGGUCCGAUCCCCAAUCUCUCCGGUCUAACGCAUCUACAGACGCUCAAUCUCCGCGACAACCUCUUCGACUCCACGCCGAAGAAUCUCUUCUCCGGGAUGAACUCGCUGCAAGAAGUCUACCUCAACAACAAUCCCUUUCCUGCUUGGGAGAUUCCGGAGACAGUCAAAGAAACCACGUCACUCAAGAACUUAUCUCUCAUCAACUGCAACAUUAGACAAGGUAAAGGCGUCACCGGCACUCUCCCUCCCGAUCUCGGCAAACUCUCCGAGCUCAUCGUCCUCGAGUUUUUCUCCAACAAAAUCUCUGGUCCGAUCCCCAAUCUCUCCGGUCUAACGCAUCUACAGACGCUCAAUCUCCGCGACAACCUCUUCGACUCCACGCCGAAGAACCUCUUCUCCGGGAUGAACUCGCUGCAAGAAGUCUACCUCGACAACAAUCCCUUUCCUGCUUGGGAGAUUCCGGAGACAGUCAAAGAAACCACGUCACUCAAGAACUUAUCUCUCAUCAACUGCAACGUCACGGGUUCGAUUCCCAAUUUCUUUAAGAAAAAUUAA